AUGGAACCUCGCAGACCUUCAAGAAUGGUCAUCGAUCCCAAAAUCCGUCAGGUCGGCUUCGUAACCUUCAACCCUGACGGUGGCUCUCCACGUCCUGAACGGACCCAAUUAGGCACCUCCGCCUCCUCGCCGACCGCCAAGUCUCUCUCCCCUGUCAUGAUCCCUCCACCUCGCCACGCCUCAGAUAAUGUCUCAUCUUCUCGUGCAGUUCAAGUUCAUGUUCCCAUGUCUCCCCUUCGUAGGUCUUCCAUGGGUGAUGAUAUGCGACAUGGAAACUGCGAUCCUUCUGACUCUCUUCUGGGUACUUCUCCUUCUCCUUCAAGUAAGCUUGAUGAUGGGGAUUUCUUUGAAGAGGAUAAUAUGUCUUCCACUGGUUGGAUUGUUGGGGGAUAUCCCGGAAAACUUGCGUCGUCUUUUCCUGGCCCUGGGUUCGAUUCUUCGGCCGCAAAAUCGAUUAAAUUUCCGACGGUAGCAACCAAUCUGAUCACUGCUUCUGUGGUGAAAAUCCCUACUGGUGUCUCUGAGAAACGUGGAGAAUCAGGGGUGGAACUGCAAAAUGAAUGGGUGGAAAGUUCAAAACCAUUGAAAGAAAAAACUUCAAAAGCUGAAAGGCGUGCCCUUCAAGAGGCACAACGAGCUGCCAAAGCCGCUGCAAAAGCUGAAGGAAGUAAGACUCCUACGGCUUCUGGAGGACCACCUCCAAAGAAUGCAAAACAAACUAAGACUCUGAAGAAUUCACAACAGAAAGAUGUUUCUCCUAGAGCAGCUUCUGUUGCAGUUUCGGAGAAGAAAGGAGGUGAUCGCCCAUCAGAAAAAGAUAGGAAGAAAGAUGUUCCUCCUCCACGCAUGCAAUUUGAUGACAAGCAACGGGUUGAAAAGGCUAAAAGGCGUGCAGUGGUCAAACAAACUGAAGCUAGAAACAGAGUUGAGUUGUUUAGGCAUUUGCCUCAAUAUGAACAUGGAACUCAACUUCCUGACCUUGAGUCAAAGUUUUUCCUACUUGAUCCAAUGCAUCCUGCUAUUUACAAGGUUGGAUUACAGUAUUUGGCUGGAGAUAUAUCUGGUGGAAAUGCUCGUUGUAUUGCAAUGCUCCAAGCUUUCAAAGAAGCCAUUCGAGACUACUCCACACCUCCAGAAAAAAAUCUUAAUAGAGAUCUGACUGCAAAAAUCAGUAGUUACGUUUCUUUUUUAAUAGAGUGCAGGCCCCUUUCAAUCAGCAUGGGAAAUGCAAUUAGAGUUUUGAAGAAUCUAAUCAGCAAAUUACCUGUGACACUUGGUGAGUCAGAAGCAAAAGUAGCUCUUUGUGCAGAUAUUGAUCGUUUUAUAAAUGAGAAGAUAGUACUAGCGGACAAGGUGAUAGUCAGGCAUGCUGUGACAAAGAUUAGGGAUGGGGAUGUACUUCUCACAUAUGGCUCAUCCUGUGUUGUUGAAAUGAUGCUAUUGUAUGCCCAAGAGCUGGGGAAACAGUUCCGUGUUGUGGUAGUAGACUCCCGUCCAAAGCUUGAAGGACAAGCAUUAAUUCAUAGAUUGGUGGCGAAGGGCAUCAGCUGUACAUAUACGCAUAUAAAUGCUGUUUCUUGUAUCAUGCAUGAAGUCACAAGGGUUUUUCUUGGGGCUGCUUCAGUUUUGUCUAAUGGAACAGUUUACUCAAGGGUUGGAACUGCAUGUGUAGCCAUGGUAGCUCAUGCAUUCCAUGUUCCAGUUUUAGUAUGCUGUGAAGCAUAUAAAUUUCAUGAAAGGGUGCAGCUUGACUCAAUAUGCUUUAAUGAAUUAGGUGAUCCAGAUGUUAUUGCAAAAGUUCCUGGAGGAAAGGAUGUGAACCAUUUGGAUAAUUGCACGCAUAGUGAGAAUCUUCAACUUCUGAACCUUAUGUAUGAUGUGACACCUUCAGAUUAUGUCUCAAUGAUUAUCACUGAUUAUGGCAUGGUCCCAACUACAAGCGUCCCUGCAAUUGUGCGAGAAUACCGAAGAGAAUGCUUAUGGAUAUAGAGAGGCCCCACAUGGCCUGAAGCUGGGAUAAUAAGACAUUAGAAAUCUGUAUCAUUUAGGUCCUUUUUGGAAUGAUUGAUUUAUGCCUGUGAAAACUUUCUAGUGAUUUUUGUGGCCAAAUGUGUGAGUUAUUACUAAAAGUACUGCAGAAAUAUGUGCAGAGCUGAUUUGGAACCAAGGCUGUAGAAGGGUUCUAAGUCAAGCUUCCCAAGCCUCAGUUCAGACCAGAACCUACCAACUAAUGGCACAUUGACAUCCCCACAGACUGCAGGUCCUUACGAAGAUGACUGUGGCAAGCCAUCCUUAACGUACCUUUAUGAGGGAACCAAUUAGUUGAUCGUUCUGGGGUUCAUAUUCACUGUUGACAUUGUCUAUGGCCCAUGGGAGUUGUAAAUAUAGAGAGAAGCAACCAUUUUGCUUAAAAUGUUAAGUUCUGAUCUUGUUUUUGACAACGGACCAUGCAUGCAUUACUGUUUCUCCCAUUGUUUGUGAAAAUAAAACGCCAGACCAAAACCAGGUUCAACAAAUACAUGCUUUCAUCAAUGCAAACAAUGGGUUUUCCUU